CGGCGGCGGCGGAGGCGGCAGGAAGCCGGGGCUGGUCCCCGUGGGCGUGCGGCCUCCCCCGCGACCCGUCCGCCCAGAGACCCCCGAACCCAGCCAUGGACGCGGCCGAGCCAGCUCCCGAGAGCAGAAAGAGGUACAGUGACAUCUUCCGGAGCCUGGACAACCUCGAGAUCUCCCUGGGGAACGUAACCUUUGAGAUGCUGGGUGGAGAUGCUGUCCUCCCGGAAAACAUGGAGCCUGCCAAGAUUGCCACGGCUGCUGAGACCAGUGAAUCCAGCUGUAAGAGCAGCUCCUCCUGGGACAGUCCUGUACCCCUCACAGGAGAGGAACUGGACCUGAGACUCAUCCGGACCAAGGGGGGUGUUGAUGCCGCCCUGGACUAUGCCAAGACCUGGAGCCGCUACGCCAAGGAGCUGCUGGCCUGGACGGAGAAGAGAGCCAGCUACGAACUGGAGUUUGCCAAAAGCAUCAUGAAGAUCGGGGAAGCUGGCAAAGUAUCCAUCCGCCAGCAGAGCCACAUGCCGCUGCAGUACAUCUACACCCUGUUUCUGGAACAUGACCUUAACCUGGGAGCCCUGGCCCUGGAGACCCUGGCCCAGCAGAAAAGAGAUUACUACCAGCCCCUGGCCGCCAAACGCACAGAGAUUGAGAAAUGGCGGAAGGAGUUCAAGGAGCAGUGGAUGAGGGAGCAGAAGCGGAUGAACGAGGCUGUGCAGGCGCUGCGCCGGGCCCAGCUCCAGUACGUGCAGCGCAGCGAGGAGCUGUGGGCGCGCUCGCUGGGCUCCCCGGAGGACCCGGGGCCCCAGGCCUCGCCCGCGCCCAGCAAGCAGCAGGAGCGGCGGCGGCGCUCCCGAGAGGAGGCCCAGGCCAAGGCGCAGGAGGCCGAGGCGCUGUACCAGGCCUGCGUCCGCGCGGCCAACGCCCGGCAGCAGGACCUGGAGACCGCCAAGCAGCGGAUCGUGUCGCACGUGCGCAAGCUGGUGCUGCAGGGGGACGAAGUGCUGAGGCGGGUGACGCUGGGCCUGUUCAGGCUGCGCGGGGCGCAGGCGGAGCACGGGCCCCGCGCCUUCUCCGCCCUGGCCGAGUGCUGCGCGCCCUUCCAGCCCGGCCAGCGCUACCAGGAGUUCGUGCAGGCGCUGCGGCCGGAGACCCCCGCGCCCCCGCCGCCGCCCUUCUCCUUCGAGGAGUUCUCGCCGCCCGUGUCCAGCGCCCCUGCGGACGUGAGGAAGAAGCCCUCCGGGCCCCCACCCCCGAGGCUGGACGAGUGUUGUGGGGAGCCAGGCCCGUGGGAGGACGCAGGCGCGGGCUGCCGGGGUAAGCGCGGCCCGGCCCCGGGAGCGGCUGGCGCGGGCUGCGGACGGUCCUCACCGACCUGUCCCCACCCAGGGACGCCCGGCCCCGCGCCCGGCGGGGAUGCGGACAGCCUCGGGGGCAGCAGCGAGUCUCGAUCCCUGGACUCUCCCACGUCCAGCCCAGGCUCUGGCGCACGGCGGCUGAUGAAGGCCGCGUCCACGGGCACCGAGUCCUCGGAUGACUUUGAGGAGCGUGAUCCCGAUCUGGGAGAUGGGCCGGAGAACGGGCUGAGCAGCCCCUUCAGGAAGGGGUCGCUGUCCCCCGCGGCGCAGACCCACCGGCUCCGCCGGCUGCGGGGCCCUGCCAAGUGCCGAGAGUGCGACGCCUUCAUGGUCAGCGGGGCCGAGUGCGAGGAGUGCUUCCUGACCUGUCACAAGCGCUGUCUGGAGACUCUGCUGAUCCUGUGCGGGCACCGGCGGCUCCCGGGGCGGACGGCCCUGUUUGGGGUGGACUUCGUGCAGCUCCCCCGGGACUUCCCCGAGGAGGUGCCCUUUGUGAUCUCCAAGUGCACGGCGGAGAUCGAGCACCGCGCCCUGAGUGUGCAGGGCAUCUACCGGGUCAGCGGAUCCCGGGUCCGUGUGGAGCGGCUGUGUCAGGCCUUUGAGAAUGGCCGAGCCCUGGUAGAACUUUCUGGAAACUCACCUCAUGACAUCACAAGUGUCCUCAAGAGGUUCCUCCAGGAGCUCACCGACCCCGUGGUCCCCUUCCACUUGUACAACUCCUUCAUGUCUGUGGCUAAGACCCUGCGCACGGACCCCGGGGGCGCCCCCAGCCCCAGCCCUGAGCUGAUCCACGAGCUCAAGAGCCUCCUGGUGCAGCUGCCCAACUCCAACUACAACACCCUACGCCACCUGGUGGCGCACCUGUUCAGGGUGGCCACACAGUUUGAGGAAAACAAGAUGUCUGCCAACAACCUGGGCAUUGUGUUUGGCCCAACGCUGCUGCGGCCACCAGAUGCCCCCAAAGCCCCGGGCGCCAGCUCCGUUGCCUGCCUGCUGGACUCCACACACCAGGCCCAGCUGGUGGAGUUCCUCAUCACCAACUAUGAGCAGAUCUUCGGGAUGGACGAGCUGCCCCUGAUCACCGAGCCACUGCCCCAGGACCCCAGCCCCGCCCUGGAACCCCCCACGACCACCCCCCAGCCUCGGCCCCCAGCCACAGCCUCUGAAGCCAGCCCAGACCCCACGCCGCACGGUGCUCUGGAGGCGGCCAUGCACCCCCAGAACCCAACUCUGCAGAAUGACCUAAGAGAGGAGGAAGGUGAAGACACCCAAGAUGAAGGAGGAGAAGUGUCCAGCCCAGGCUCUGAGGACCCCGUCCUGGGGACGCAGCCCCGCGGCCAUUUCAGCCGGCAGCCGGUGAAGUACCCGCGGGGGGCCAUGCACCCUGUCACUCAGCAGCUGUCCAGUUUGGCCCUGGUGGCCUCCACGCUGCCUGAGGACAGCUCUCCAGGGAGUUCGAAGGGAGGGGGUCCUGGCCCUGCUGCAGCUGCCCCCGAGGGGACCCCCCUGCGCCGCACCCCACUGCCCAAGCACUUCGAGAUCACGCAGGAGACAGCCCGGCUCCUCUCCAAGCUGGACAGCGAGGCUGUGUCCCUGGCCCCUGGAGGCCCCAACGCCCCAGCUCUGGAGGAGGAGGACCGCUUCUGACCCCACCCCCAGCUCCUGGCUCGACCCGACGUCCGAAGGGCCCAAGGCCCCAGACACUCAGGGGAGAUGUCCCAGGAUCCCCCCUACCGGACACUAUGGUCUCAAGUGUCUGGACCACUCGGGUCGGAGGUCACUCAGGGUCAAUACAGGUCACGACGCAGGGGUCCACCCAGUCUCUGACCUCUGGAACUUUAGUGCUGCUUUGACUGCGACCCCAACCCCACCCCCGACUCCACACCCUGGCGGUGCCUGGGGUCCUGUGACCUCUGAAUAAACGUUUUCUAGUA